AACUUGUAUUUGUUUCGUGCGCAGCUACUCGUGUGGUAACCAUAUACUUAGACAUUCUGGUUCACUUAUUACCUUAUUAUCGAGGCACGACCGAAUUGCUUGCAAUUACAGUGGCAUGUAAAUACAGACGUGUUCCGCUGUUUGUCUUCCAACAGUAAUUGUUUCUUUGCCUCACGUAUCCGCGGUUUUUGCCGCCCAAAUUCUUGCAAACAUGCAUAUGAAACACUGAUGUAUAUAUUACCAAGCAUGGGUGGUACGUAGAGUUUUCAUUCAGAAGCCGAUUUCGAGUAACAAAGAACAAUCCUUAUCAACGUCCUUAAGCAAUGUGUUAGAAUAAGCGUCGAGAACGUAUGGGAAAAUAGUGAGUACGCACGGAGAACCAGUAUCAAUGCUCAUCUUGGAUAACGGCGAACUUGUCAACGCACAGGAUUCUCUGAAAGCACGUGCAAAUGGUAAUUUUCACGGUUGACGUGAGCCGACAUCAACAUUACAUUUAUUAGUAUCUAGUGUCUAUUCAAUACCUAAGUGACAGUGAGCGAAUUCGAUGAAUUAAUUGGCGAUUCAGCUUUCCAAAUUAUGACUGUUCAGUUACAUCUCCUCUGCCCCUCUUAAUUUAUUUAUACAUCGGGGAAUUUAUCAGGAUUGCGAACUUUCUUCGUGAUUUGUUCAUAUUUUGUCUGUUUUGCCAACGGUUCCUCGAUAAUUUCAGUUAUUUUAAUGGAUGAGGAGGAUUGUUGUAUGAAAAAAGAAGCUCCUAGCAGCUUCCAAUCCAAGAAUGUUGGAUCUAGUUCUUCAUUUAUGAUCGAAGGUGAAGGUCUGGAUUCUCCAGAAAAACAUGGAGAUCUUGGUGACAUGACCUUUUACAUGGCAAAUUAUAUUAAAGACGCUAUGAAGAUGAUGUUCAUUAUGCGUAGUCAUCAUAUGCUUACCGAUGUUGUACUAGAAGUGGAAUCAGAGUUGUUCUAUGCACAUAAAAUUAUUUUAGCUGCAGCUAGUCCAUAUUUUAAGGCAAUGUUCACGGGGGGCUUGAAAGAAUCUGAAAUGUCUAGGGUAAAACUUCAAGGUGUUAGUCCAACAACAAUGGCACGUUUAAUGUAUUUUAUGUAUACUGGUCGUAUAAGAGUCACAGAGAUUACAGUGUGUUCCCUUUUAUCAGCUGCCACCAUGUUUCAGGUUAGUAAUGUCAUAGACGCGUGUUGUGUAUUCUUGGAAAGACAAUUAGAUCCCACAAAUGCUAUUGGAAUUGCUAAUUUUGCUGAACAACAUGGUUGUCAAACUUUGUGUCAGAAAGCGAAUCAAUUUAUUGUUCAACAUUUUAGUCAAAUAUGUCAGGAAGAAGAAUUCCUACAAUUAUCGGCAAUACAAUUGAUAGCACUAGUAAGAAAAGAUGAACUGAAUGUGCAGGAAGAGAGAGAGGUAUAUAAUGCAGUGUUAAAAUGGGUUAAAUAUAACGAAGAAGCCAGGGGACCCAAAAUGGAGCAUAUAUUGCAUGCAGUAAGAUGUCAAUAUCUUACUCCUAAUUUUCUUAGAGAACAGAUGAAGAAUUGUGACGUUUUGAAAAAAGUACCUGCAUGCAGAGAAUACCUUGCGCAGAUCUUCAAAGAUUUGACACUUCAUAAAAAGCCGGUGGUGAAAGAAAGAACACCCAAUACUCGAAGAGUGAUAUACAUAGCUGGUGGUUUCUUAAAACAUUCUUUAGACGUACUAGAGGGGUAUAACGUAGAUGAAAAAACUUGGACUCAACAUGCUAAACUAAUUGUGCCAAGAUCUGGUUUGGGUGGAGCAUUUUUAAAAGGGAUGUUUUAUGCUGUUGGUGGAAGGAAUAAUUCGCCAGAUAGCAGAUACGAUAGUGACUGGGUUGAUAGAUAUAAUCCAGUUACAGAUCAAUGGAGAGCUUGCAGCCCAAUGUCUGUCCCAAGGAAUAGAGUAGGAGUAGCUGUUAUGGAUGGAUUAUUAUACGCUGUUGGAGGUAGCGCAGGUGCAGAAUAUCACAAUAGCGUUGAAUGUUACGAUCCAGAUCACGAUUCUUGGAGUAACAUAAAACCAAUGCACAUUAAGAGACUGGGAGUUGGAGUAGCUGUAGUUAAUAGAUUACUUUAUGCCAUUGGUGGAUUUGAUGGGACAAACCGACUGAACUCCGUGGAGUGUUAUCAUCCCGAAAAUGAUGAGUGGACAAUGGUUUCAUCUAUGAAAUGUAGUCGAUCAGGAGCAGGAGUAGCCAAUCUUGGACAAUAUAUAUACGUGGUAGGAGGGUAUGAUGGAACAAGACAAUUAAACUCUGUUGAAAGAUAUGAUACGGAAAGAGACAUGUGGGAACAUGUCAGUAGUGUCACUAUUGCUCGUAGUGCGCUUAGUGUUACAGUACUAGAUGGAAAAUUGUAUGCGAUGGGAGGAUACGACGGUGAACAUUUUUUAAAUAUAGUUGAGAUUUACGAUCCUGCGAAAGACACCUGGGAACAGGGAGUACCAAUGACUUCAGGAAGAUCGGGUCAUGCAAGUGCGGUAUCCUACCACCAAUGUCCCAUUCAUUGCGAUCAUUUGGACCAUAAUAUGUCUCUAGAAAAGCCACCGUCGUGAUACAUGUAAUUGUCGGGCGUUAAACUUAGAUAUUAAUAAGAAAUUCUUAAUCUGAGGGCAUGAAUAAAAGAAGCAAAGGAGAAAUAAUGGAAAUGGUUGUUCAAGCAGUGAAUAAGUGACAGACCGAUAAUUAUUUUUGAGUUGUGGUUUAAAUUCAGUUCUGGAGAUUGAACUUCAUUAACAUUCUAUAAUUUUAUUGUGGACGAUAUACGAUUAAUAUACGAUAUGUAUGUGCUUUUAUAAAGUAAUAGGAAUAUAUACAAUGUUAUACAUAU